GCUUCUCCAGUCAUUUUUAAUACUGUAUUUUCUCAGCUAUUAACUCUUUUCGUAAAGUGUCGUGGUGACUUUGCGUUGAACCUUUGUCUAUGCUUAAACCAAUGUUUAUGGAAUCUUUUGCGUUUUCCUCGAUACUUCAUUAGUUUUAGCCAGGGUAGCUCUGAGGAAAAUUCUAGCCUUUUUAAAGAACCAGAAACUUUAGAGCAGUUUGAUGAGGUUUUGAAAAAAACAGCUUUAUGUGUUGCUCAAAAGUUUACGGAAUUUUUAUACCUUCAAAAACUCUGCGGUUCACGCGAUUUGCUUACGGCUAUGGCGCAUGUACUCGUUAAUCUGACGCGGACUCUAGUCACAUGUAACAUCAUUAGCGAGCAGGAGCGUCUUAUAGCUUAUUACCUUCAGUUUAUAAAAGAUUUUAACUCGCGCGAUGAACAGCGUUACUUAUUGGUUCUUUUCAGCGCUGUUUUUUGCAAUUGUAAAGAGUUCAGUUUAAGCCACUUUGAGUUUCUUUAUACUACUUUUGAAGUUGCCUUAUCUGAUCCACUCGGCCGUCCUCCUAUAGAAGAAUUACAAUUUCUUUCGGCUAAUAAACUUUUGGCUUGCUCUGUGUGUGUGCUGCUGGCUGAUUAUUCGCCUCUUCGCAAAUUUGUUGCCGAAGCGCUGAGUUCUAUCAAGCAAGUUUUGUUUUCCAAUGAGGAGAUGCCAUCACAGAAAGAAGCAGCUCUUCGAACUUUAUCUUAUAUAGCCAAGGGACUGGUCAUGAGCGGCGACACUGCACAAUCUUCGGCCUGCGACCUUCUUAUUAGCCAACUAAGCACACCGAAGCUUGCAAAAGCGUCCAGUGAAGGAGUUGCUAUCGUGUUAGACGACUUAGACGACGUGAUGGGUAUGCAACUUGGGGAUGCUCGUAAGCAAAACUUUUAUUACAAUUAUAUCGGAUCUAUUAAGAAAAUAUACUCGGAAGCUCUUCUUAUAGAGGAAAAGCAGCAUCCUCUUUCUGUCGCCUUAUCGCUGUUGACAUCUCUGCCUAAACCUGCACUAGCUAAAGAAUUUCUUUCGCAAAUCUUGAUAGUUACCGCCUCGCUUCAAAUGGCAGAUUAUUCUAUCCAGCUCUCCGCCUUGCGGCUUCUGAACCUUGUGAUUGACUGCGCUCCUGAUUGCUUUGCAAAGGCUCUUGACGAACUUGUUACUGCUACGACGGUGCUGUUGUCUUCACCUUCCAUGGAAAUCAAGCGGCGGGUGCUUGUUGUGCUCUAUAAGAUGGCCGGACUUCCCUACCACGAGCUGCACCGCUUUAAACAAGGCAUCAUAAACGUCUUAGAGGCUCUGCUGGAUGAUACCAAACGCUUAGUGCGAAGAGAAGCUGCGAUGUGUCGCUCCCUCUGGCUUAUGCUAUAACUGGUAAAGACUAGACAUUUAUUUUACUUUUUAAGAUCAACUAAUAAAUUACUUCCGCAUUGUUGAACGUUGUCAUUUUCCUAUACAAAACCCGGAGAAGAUGCGGUCAAGGACAUCUUCCAGUGAGAUUCUCCCUGUAGUAGUCGUAUACAAACAUUCACAUUGCAAGCGAAGUGUUGUUAAGGCACCUGUUAUGUACUCAAGUUGUUGACGGGCGCAAUUGAGCUCUUCAGAAAAUAGCACGAGAUCCUUUUCCUCUAAGUUUGUCUCUCUCUAAGAAUUCAAAAAGUUUGCACAAAUGUAAAAGACCGAGCGC